AUGGAAGAAACCAAAGAAGGAACUCCCUUGGAAGAUAAAUGCUCAGGAAAUGAAGAACUAAAAAAAGAAAAAACAAGCAACAGAUGUAAAAAAGUAAAAACCUUAAACAGAACGAAACCGAACGAGAAGAAAAAAAAAUCGUCCAAGAAUUUUAAGACCUUUAAAACGUUCAGAUAUUUUAAACCCUUCAGACAGUUUAAAAAUUCGAAAAGUUUGAAAAAUGCGAAAAAUUGUAAAAGUCAGAAAAAGAGGGAAAAAGAAAAGGCAAAAAAGAAAGCCAAAAGGAAGGCGAAGAAAAAUGCCCCCAAGGAGAUCAUACCUGUGGGGCAAGGCAGACCGACGGAACUUCCAAAUGAAGGGGACGUUACUGUGGACAGCUUGGAGAAGCAGCUGUCAAACCAGGUGAGCCCAACGCAAAACAGUACCAAUUCCAACAAUAGCAGUAAUGAUGAAUGUGCCGCUUUGGCUGAGGAUAAAAUUGUUCCUCACCAUUCUGAUGAGCAAAAAAGGGAAAGCGUCAGCAAAGAUUAUGAAAUUAAAGGCAGUGUAGAUGAGGGUCACCCGUUUUCUGUUCACACGGAUGUAUCCACAGAGAGGACACCACCUAUGGAAGCGCAAGAAGGAGAUAAUCUUAACUGCGUAGUGGAAAAGAACUCGCCAAAUAGGGCAACACAAGUGGGCGUCACCAUAGAGAAUGUCCUAAAAAACGCAUGUAGGGAAGAAAAUAAUCCCGUUUUGAAGCCCCACAUGGGUGACCCUCAAAGGAACUACUGCGGAGGAGAAGAAAAAAUGUCUCAGGUGAACCUAAGCGGGACCAGGAGACAGAACAACCCAAUAGAACCGCUGCAAGAUGAAAUGAACCGCGCAGAGCGCGAAACAGAGGCAGCACGUCACCUAGUAGACCCACCAGCAGCGAAACAAACGUCCAGAAUCCAAUUCAGGGAGCUCAUCACAUCGAUGAAAGAUGAUACGAAGAAUAUCAUCACCGUAAUGGAAAACCUGAGCGAAGAAAAGCUCCUCUAUUUAACCAUCCCCUUUAGCGAAAAUUACGACCUUGUAAAAUAUUUCAAUUUCCUCUCUCUGGAGAAGAUAGAAAAAAUGAUAAACUUGCUUCAUGUAGAUAAUUACAAAAAUUUUAUUCUCUCAUUUAAUCAGAAAAAAAUAAUUGAAAUUGUGAACCACGUGUCUGUAAACACAUCCAUUAGUGUACUCUUAAACCUAUCCAACAACAAAGUAGCAUACAUACUAAACCAUAUAGAGGAAAAAAUCCUCAUCAAUUUGUUGAAUGGAAUACCUUUGUGUAAAUUCUAUCACAUUGCAGAAUAUUUACCUAUGCAAAAAAUAAGUCUCUUCUCAAACAACAUAAGUUAUGAAAAAUUGUAUGUAAUGCACAAUUCGCUGCCGUCUAAAAAAUUACAUCAGCUAGCCAAUAACCUCUCUUUACAAACUCUUAACAAGCUGAUAAACGAAUUGCCUCUAUACAAAUCUGUUAAGGUGCUGAAAAUGUUGCCCCCGAUCAAAAUAGCUAAUUCAAUUAACGUAAAUGAAUUGACUCCCCAGUUUGCCUCCGAAAUUGGGAGAUCUUUCAAUGCACCUGAAAUUAUAGAAAUUGUAAAUUACCUAAAUGAGGAGAAUGCAGAUAUUUUACUCAGCAGAUGCAAUUUAACGAAAAUUAUUCUAUACAUAAAUUAUAUUUCAUUGGAAGAGUUUAAGUCUAUCACUCCAAAAUUGCCUACUCAAUUUUUGACACAAAUUGUUAAUGACAUAUCUUUGAAGUUGCUUGUGGAGUUGUUCCUGUCUUUGCCCGAGGAGAAGGCAGUUCCUUGUUUGUAUGCCCUCACGCAGAGAAAGCUCAACUUUGCCUUGCGCUCCAUUCCAAUGCAGAGGAUCAUAAUAGACACCGUGUUGCGGCAAGGGGGGACCGUCCAGCCGGGGUACCACCCAACAGAAGCAACUAUGGAAUUGACUACCACCGUUUCCACUCCUACCUGCUACACCCAUGCGGAUGCCGCUCAUCCACACAGGCAGCUAAUCAACAUGAUCGAUGAACACAAUUUGGCUCUCCUCCUUAACCAGCUGAACGAAGAUGAGUAUGCCCCAUUCUGCAAUUUGCUGUGCCAAGACAAGGUGGAACAAAUCGCCAACUCCCACCACGUUGAUUGCAAAACCGCCGCAGUGCUUAUCCUACAUUUGCCGCUUACGAAAAUGAUGGAAAUUCUCCAAAGGGUAAGACAAAAACGAAAGGAAGAAAUGACGAAAUAUAUGCCAACCUUUGUCUCCCAAAUGGUCCCCCACAAACCAAGCAACAAAAAGAGCGUGAACAAGAUAGAACAAAUGUUUAUCACUUGCAAAUUACUACGAUUGAGAAAAGUCUUUAGGAACAGUAAAAAAAUUCCCACUCUGAAAAAAAAAAAAAAAAAAUUAAAAUGUUCCCAUUUGAGAAAAAAAACUAAUGACAUUAUACGUAGCAUAAAUGUGAAAAAUUAUUUCAAGUUUUUGAACUCCAUUUCUUGUGCCAAAAUUGUGGAAAUGAAUCACGUCAUCGAUAACAUCAUGUGUAGGUAUCCAUACACUGAGCCUGAACUUACGGACUGCCUUUUCUUUUUCUUUAACUUUUUUGGGAAAAUAACGCCCUCGAAGUGGAAGACAGGGGGGAAGACCAUACGAUGGUUAACCAAGGACGGUUCGAAAAAUGGAGACGAUCCACAAAAUGGGGAGCCCCUGCAUGACACCUAUAAACAGACGAAACUGUACCCUCUCGAGGGGAACAUAAAAACAGGGCUGUUAAGCCCCUCCCCUGCGAUAACCAAAAUGAAUACCUCCUUAGGUGACACGACGAUAAGAAAAAUUACAACCCAUACAAUCCAAACAAACAACGAGGCGGCGAAGAGGGGAAAAUGCAAUCUCACCACCAACAGAGUGAGAAACUCCUACACAUUUUUAGUACACUUUGUUUGCUUCAUAAAAAUGCAUAUAGAAAAUUACGUACUCCAGAGUUGGGGAGAUUGGAACCAAGGGGAAGGAGAGGAAGAGCCCACCCCGAAUUGGCCACCAAGCGGUUUACCCUUAAAAGGGGCGUUCCCAUCAAAUCACGAACAGGGUAGUAGCACUCCCCUCCAUGAAGACACUAGUGUGAUCGAACCCCACCCCCACUGCAGAACGACAUCCAAAAUCCUGACCACCACCAACAGUAAGUUAAUCUUCUACAGUGUCAGAAAAAUAAUGAAAAAUAUCUUCUACUCUAUUAGGAAGAUAAACCAAAUAGGAAAUCCUUCCCUUGUCUUGAAGCACAUCUCCAUGUUUAACAUAAUACGGGCUGACAUAGUCCAGUGCAGAAGUGAACGGCGGAGGGAGGAUUUGAAAAAGAGGAGCGGAUGGGACUACUCCACGGGGACUCCAAUAAAAAGUAUACGUAGUAAGGAUGGAGGAGCCACCCUCAUUGGGGUUAAAAACAGUGCCAAUGUUAUCCCCCAGAGUAGUAACUUCCUCAGUGGAAAGUGUCUACUCGCAAAAAAUAUUUUCAAUGAAAUGAAAAAAAAAAGUAGAACAAAUGGGGCAGACGAUGAGGAGAAAACUGAAGAAUCUGUGACAAUAGAAGAUGUUGUGAAGAAGGAAGAAUCGAACUACACUAUAGGAAUGUUACAAAAUGGUAUGGCCACAUGCGCACUUAAGGAGGGGGAAACUCUCGAAAUGAAGAACAUUCCUACCAAUGCAAAGGGAAUAAUUGGCUCUGUGUUCAACAUAAAUAAAAUAAAGACAUGGAAAUAUGACCCACUUGUUAAUGAUGAAGGGGAUAACCACAUCGAAGAAAGAAGCGGAAGAAAAAAGGACACAAAUGAACGUAGAGCUCUCAUUAAAAAAAGCAAAAAAAAUUACUUCAAGAAGUUAAAGAAUAUCUCCCAAAUGGCUAGUCUUAAAAGAUUCACACGUAGAGACAAAAACCGCAGUAGUAUAUCACGUAAUGUUACCCAUCCAAAUGUAAGCAUAAAUGUUCCAAUGCAAACUUGCCAAAUAGAUCGACAAAGCAGAAACACUACUGCUAACCCGCUCAUUAAUGAAAAAGCAUUUUUUCCCACCCCAAAUAGUCAAACAGAAGAAGUACCAUCGGAUGUGUCGACCAAAGGGAAGAAAAACAAAGUGUCCCUCUUAAAAUUCAUAUUCGCUUUGAACGAUUCGAAUGCUAAGAAGUACGCUAAUAACAUAACCCUAAUCAUAAAUUUUUUUUUUUUGAAAAAAAAAAUAUUUCUGAGCAAGUACAAGAACCAAAUUGUGGGGUCUUCUCUAAACAUACUUAUAAAUGAUAAUGGCUGUAAGAGGUUAUUAAAUUUUAAUGCUCCCCCUAACGACACCGCAUGUUACAUUAAUUCGAACAUUGUAUCUCUGCAAUAUGAAGACACUGAUGCUAUUAAAAAUUUGUAUUCUUUGACAUCUAGCAAGUCGGUUCCCAUGUGCACUACACCGGAGAUAAUCCCGUCCAUUGAUGUGCCUACCGACUUGUCCACUAUUCCACAAAAGGGGGAAACCAAAAAUCGUUCCAAAAAUAAAAAGUUAUCAAUAGAAAUGAACAAACAGAAGAAUAACAUGUCCAUUAAAGACAUGUGUAACGAUUUAAAUUCUAGCAUUAUUCUCCUUUGGAAGUCUUCCCAAUUUGGCUACAUCCUCUUAGAUGCACAUAAUUCUCUGCAUAUAAGUAUCCAUGACCCCUCUAGUCAGUUUUCUUUGAACCUGUUCAGGCAACAUGAUGAUGUAUCUGUAGGGGCAAAUACCUAUCGAAAGGGUAACUUAUUUUUCGCAAAAAAGGGGAAGAAAAAAAUGAGCUUCAAAAAGAUCAAAUCGAUGUUCUCAAGGAUAUUAGAGAAGAAGAAAUCUGCCCCAGUUAAGAACAGGUCCAGUGGUGCGAUCUUAGAAAAGGGACAAAGAGGGGACAAUCUCCUCGAUGGGACUGCUUUACUUCCAAGUGGAAAUAAUCACCUCAACGAAGGUAAAGGAGACGUCAGCAGCAGAUGGGAUAACAUCGCCAAUGGAGACGACCCCAAACCGGAGGAAAACCUAAUCAGUGACGAUGAUGAGGUGUGUUUCGGAGACGAGUACUACAAGUGCUAUGAGGGAAACCAUCUAAAUGGGGAAAGCGCCUCCGUCAGCGGCCCCCUUAAACCCCCCCAUAAAAGUGAAAAGAAUGGCGAACUGGUUAUCCACCGGGAGGGAACAACAAACAUGAGGACGCAAAAGAGUGAACGCGAGCACCACGCAGAAAAAUCCAAAAAUGAAAAAAACGGAGCAAACGCAGCAAACGAAACUAACACAUACAAUGAGCACAGCAGUAAGCAUUCCCUAAAAAAUAAGCACAGCAUAGUGAUCAACAAAUUCAGUAACAUCAUUAACGAGGCACAAAGAAUCCUGUCUAUAAAGGAAAAAAUUAUCAACAAGAAAAUAUUAGAACAAAUCCAUGCCAGUUACAUAUCCCCAAGUUCCCUUACCGAAAGUGAAAAGGAAAAAAUGAGAGAAAUAAAAAACAACGAACUUAACAAAAUUAUGGAAGAAGAAUUGCGGAAAGAAAAUAAAAAUUUCCAAUCGAAUGAUACACACUCGUUUGGAAACACCAGCUACACGGAUGAUGAGUUUAAUAUAAUUCUCUACCUAGAAAAAAAGAAAAAAAAAAAAGACCAAAAAGGGGCAAAGAAAAAAAAACAACUCAUUUCUCUUAAGGGGAAAGAAAAAUAUUUUAUUCCAUUUAGAUUUAAUCGAAGUAAAAUAUUAAGGUUAAAAUUGUUGACUCUUAUUGAAAAUGCUUUAUGUAGUUAUGACGUCAACGUGGGGGAAGGUACCUUCAUCAGUGCACUGGAUCAACAGAGACAAGGUGAAGCAAUAAAGGAAUAUAUGGACUCUUCUUUGGAAAAUAUGACCAACGGAUUCCAUUCCUCCCUUGAGCAGGUUCCUUCUAUCAGUUCUCACAACCUGGCAGAAGAGUCCAUUUUUUCAUUUUUAAAUUCGAAUGCGUCUAAAGAGAAAACAAACAUAGAUAUGCUUCCUCUGAAUGGUGGUCCAAAUGGGUUCCCAGAUAAUAGGUUAAGGUUAACGAACCAAGUGGGUGACACAGACCCGUUUGUCCUGCAUGAUGACAUGUGUUAUAACGAUCCCCCUCUUGAAAUUAACAUAAACACAGAGAAGAACGAACCAAGUGCCAUAAAUACGAAUAGUAACAUCAUCCCAAACGAGAUAAACAAAAAAAAGGAGCAUCUACAGAAGGAACAUCUGCAGAAUGGUGUAGAUACUGCCCCGUUUGAACCCUGUCACAGCUCUACUUCAACCAUCCUCGCAGAUAAAUACACCCCUAAUAUGUGUUCAUCACUGCACAUAAGUAACAACUCCCACAACAAAACAAACGCACACACGAACAGAACGUGUGAGAGCUCCUACGAAAUUGUAAAGAGCAUAACAAUGCAUGAGAAAAACAACUCCACAAAAGGGUCCUCAUCAAGUGAAUCGAAUGGAAGAUUAAAUGAUGACACAGACGUGAAUAAAAUGUCGACCUUCGAAAAUGUGUUGCAAAUGUUCAGUAAAUCUAUUCACCAUUUGGAAAAUGGAAAUGUUCAAAAAGGCCCGGCUGCCGCUGAUAAAGGAAGGGACAAAUGGGGGGAAGACGAAAAAAAGGUACUACUAACACAAAGCACCUCAUUUUACACGCAUGACUACAACAAUUUGGGGAUGCCUUCAAACCAAAGAGACAGAUCCAAUCAUAUGAACAAAUUGGAUCAAGUCGAUACCGCUUCUCCAACGUUGGAAAAAGCAGAAGGUGAUACACCUUCGAAGAACGUGGAGAACUCCAAACGGUGCAACUAUUUUGCACCCCACAUAGUGGACCACUGCAACCAAUCGGAGGACCUCCACUUGGAAUUAAGUCCACUCGAAAAGUGUGUAAAUCGGCAUGACCUAUACAACAACGUUGGACAAAACCACGUAGAACAGCACGACGAACCGCAUUUGACAGAUAAAAGGGAACACUUCCUAAACGGUUUGCUCAGCCAGAUCCGCGGUGAGCGUAACGGGGAUGACCACUUGGGUGGCAACUUGGAUGGCAAUUCACCUGUGAACUCACAUAACGUCCUCAUCGGCGGGGCGGAAAAGGUAGGCCUCCUCAAUCUGCACUGCCUGUUCGAAAAUAAAUCGGAGAAUUUUUGUCUGAUCAGCGAGGGCUGUGCUAAGGCUAGCAAUUACGUGAACGACAGCAUGCUGAUUCAUACCAAGUUGUACAAUGAAAUCUUCCACAUAAAAAAGGAUGACAUGUCUACCUCGGAAAAAUGUUCCAUGCUGGGUAUGUCCACCGCUUCCAACUCGUCCAACUUGUUCAGUAGCCGCAACAGUGACAGUCACCAUAACAACUCCACGGAGAACCAAAUUAUGUGCAUUCACAAGAAAAAAAAAAUACUUUGUAACAGCUGCGGAAAUGCGCUCAAAAAAAAUGUCCUAAAUGAUAUGUUCUUCUUCAGAAUAACCAUAAUUAAUAAAAAGUCCUUCCUUUCCAAACGUGUAAAAAUCAAGAUAUUUUAUCAGAGCCCUUUGAUCCGUGCCAACUUUGCUUCCAAGGACAAUGUUACAUACACCUUGGAAAAAAAUAUGACCGAAUAUAAGCUCAGAAUUAUUGCCAUUAAUAAAAAAAAAAUGCGAAAAAAGUUGUCUCUGUCCAAGUCGAAAUUUUUCAGAAAAUGUCUCGAAAUUCAGUUAAUUAGCAGUUUGGACAAUAUGCUAAUUUCCCAAGGGGAAGAAAAAAAGGGGGUGAAAAAAUACUCAAGAAAUGGCAGCAGUGUUCACUCCUCCAUGGAACAUUUCAAUACAUAUAAAGGUGACCCCUUGGGAGAUAAAAUAGAAACAAGAAAAAUUUUGUCCUAUGAGCAGAUAAAAAAUUAUUCAAAACGCUUGUCCAGCAUGAACCAGUCCUCCGACGAUGUCCCCCCUGCUAUAUACAAUUCACACUUCGCCAUAUUAAACUUUAGCAUCCUAGACGAUAAAAAUAAAAAGUACAAUUUUUUUUUUUUUUCUCUGCGUCAUAUAUGA